AGGUCACCUUAGGAAAUGCUACUGUGAGUUCUGUCAGUUCAGUCAGUAGUAAACCGGCGUGCCGGCUGGAAGUUUACUUGAGCUCUCGUUAUCGGUCUGCAACAGCUUUGAGGAUCUAUCUUCAUUGAGAUUACGAGAAAUAUAUACUUAAAAGAAAAAUGACGUCGUUGAAUGAAAAAUUAUUGAGCACCGUUGUGGAACCCACCUCGAAUGGAAAAAACAAAGUUACAGUAGUGGGUGUUGGCCAAGUCGGAAUGGCAUGUGCCUUUAGUAUUUUGACAAAUAACGUGUCGAACGAUCUUGUUCUCGUCGAUGUGAUGGCAGACAAGCUAAAAGGAGAAAUGAUGGAUCUGCAACACGGGAGUGCGUUUUUGAAGAACGCAAGGAUCAAUGCCAGUACGGACUACGCGGCUACAGCGAAUUCAACUCUAUGUAUCGUGACUGCGGGUGCUCGUCAACGAGAAGGCGAAACAAGACUCGAUCUUGUUCAAAGGAACACCGACAUCUUCAAAGGGAUCAUUCCUCAGCUGGUCAAAUAUAGUCCGAAUACGAUCUUAUUGAUUGUAUCUAAUCCCGUUGACAUAUUGACUUAUGUAGCAUGGAAGUUAUCCGGUUUGCCGGAGAAUCGGGUUAUUGGUAGCGGCACCAAUUUGGAUUCCACCCGUUUUCGUUUCUUACUUUCUCAAAAGCUCAACGUAGCGCCGACCUCUUGUCAUGCCUGGGUAAUUGGAGAACAUGGUGACAGUAGCGUGCCGCUUUGGUCCAGCGUAAACGUCGCCGGUGUACGUUUCCGCGAUCUUAAACCUGACAUCGGUACUAGCAAAGACGAAGAACAUUGGGAUGAAUUACAUAAACAGGUCGUUGAAAGUGCAUAUGAGGUCAUCAAGCUCAAAGGUUAUACUUCCUGGGCAAUCGGACUUAACGUAUCGAGUCUUGCAGCAACGAUACUGCGAAACACUCAUCAAGUUCAUGCCGUUACCGUCAAACUUACCGGUCAUCAUGGUAUUACCGAGGACGUUUUCUUAUCUCUACCGUCUAUGUUGGGGGAAAACGGUGUCACGUCAAUUGUUAAUCAAAUAUUGACGGAUGAAGAGCGGGAGCUACUUCAAAAAUCAGCCAAUACAAUACAUGAAGUCCAGAAAAAUCUGAAGCUUUAAACUACAGGCAGUAAUGCGCGUUCUACUUUACAUUUUUCUUUGCCCUUUAUAUGUCGUAUGUCUGUUCAAUUUAUAUUUAUUUUAUUCGAACAUUAAUUAUUCUAUUCUCGCAACUCGUGAUAUCGGUGAUUGCUUCCAGUAUUUUUUCUUAUAUCAUACAAUUGCAUUUAUUUCGAUGAAAUUAUUAUUAUUAUUAUUAUUAUUAUUAAUAAUAAUAAUUUAAUUCGACGGAAAUUUUAGUUAUUUCACAAUAAUUAAUUAUUUAGUGGAAUUUGCUUUUGAUGAAUGUUAAAGGUGCUAACUGUAUUAUUUAUUUUAUAAUAUCUACUUAAAAUUGUGUUCAAGAGAAUUUCUUUUCUUUUUUUAAUUUUAUGACAAGCAUAUACAAAUGUCGCAAUUUACUUCUUUUUUUUUUUUUUCAACGUUAAAAAAUUCAAGCCAGAAACGUACGAGUUUUAGUAUUAAUAUUGUAAUUAAUAUUGACGUCGUGAUAGGAGUAUCAUUAUAAUACUUCUCCCAAUGAAAUAAAGUUAAAUCUAAAUUCUUUAUUACAUAGAAAAGAUGCAAAGUACAUUGUUCUAGGAACUGAAACGUAUUGUAUGUUUUACAAUUAAACUAUGAAUUAUCAUACUAUUAA